GGACUUGUGCAUGUUGUUAGCUCCGUGUCACCACCUUAAGCUUACGUGUAAAUGAAAACAAACUGCCGAAAGAGAGAGUGACGGUUAAUGGAGAGACAGACUGUCAGGUAGACUGACAGGCGCAGAGAGAACGUCUUCUCAUUGGCAUAGGCACUACGAACAGCAGCCAUGAAGAGGAGAGACAGAAGGUUCUCUCUGGACAGCAUAGAAUACUCUGUUGGUGGUCUGGAGAAUGGAGGGCUGUUGGGGAAGCCCAGAGGGGGGCGCUACCGGCGGGCAUCUGAUGCCAUAAAGAGUGCCAGUCUGGAGGAGGCCCAGCAGCAGUUCCUGGAGCUCAGAAGUCUUAACCUGAGCCAACAAACAAUAGCAGAGGAGCGUUUAGAUCAUGUAGACGGCAGCAUCACCAACCAAAGUUUUCAAAAUCACAACAAAACGUUCCACAAAAUCUUCACAGAUAUUCCGGAGGAGGAAGACCUAACUCAUGCGUUCACCUGUGCCCUGCAGAAGGAGGUGCUCUAUCACGGCAAGCUCUACGUGUCCAGCCAACACAUCUGCUUCUACUCCACCGUGCUGCUCAAGGCCACCAAGGUGAUAAUUGAGGUGGAGAGCAUUCAAACUGUGAGGAAGAAGAACACAGCGAAAGUGGUGCCCAACGCGCUGUCGAUAAUCACCAACAAUGGCGACAAGUACCUGUUUGUGUCCCUACGGAAUCGGGAUUCGUGUUUCCAGCGUCUUCUUUCAGUGUGUCCUAACAUCCAGGUCGACAAUAUAAAUAGUCCCCAAAUGUCCCAGGACAGCAUUGAACGAGAAGCAGACAUGAUGUCCAGCCACUCGAGUCAGGACGAGAGUGUGAGCCGGCGGACCAGUGUGGAUGACCCACUUCCUCGGGACUCUCCCGAUCCAGACCUGGCCAAACCCAGGGUCCAGGAGUUAGCCAGGACCAGUUCGAGCCAGGAGAGCAGCCAUAGCAAGGAUGGCUAUUCCACAGAGUAUGAGAAUGCAGGUGCGUCUCCAGCAGGUGGAUCGUGGAUGUCUUCAGGAUGGGAGAAAGUCAAGCCGUUCGUCUUUGUGGGAGAAUCCAGGGACGUCAGCUCACUCCUGCUGAUUUACGUCCUACUGCUCGUGCUGCUCCUGCUGUCCUCUGGCUACAUCGGCCUGCGCAUAGUGGCCUUGGAGGAACAGCUGAGUGCCCUCAGCUCCUUGCAUGAAGAAUACAAGGAAACAUAGUGUCUCAUUCUGACGGUGACGGUUGAGCCAUCACAUGUUCCCAGCACGGGAGGGCAACAUUCCUCUCCACCCGCCCAGACGCCACACACACACACUGAAGCUCUAACACAGAUAGAAGAGAGGACAGAGCCAAGACAGACAAGAGUGGAGAAUGAAAACACACGGGCCACUGACUCUAGAUCAGACGAGAGAUCAGUCGCCUGCGCACCUCCCACUCCACACACCUCCGGGCCUGAUCAAAGCCUCGUGUGGGAGGGGCCGCUGGGAGAGCAUCAUUCUCAUUCUUGUCCCAUCUCAGGGUUGAUUGAUUCCACUGCACGGGUACCCAUCCCCCAACAUGCCAUUUGAAAAAGACAUCUUACAUCUGACUCAGGGUCAUAGUACUGUACAAUGUAUCCAUAUAAACAUGAACUUUUAACUCACUAUCGCAUUCAAUACGCACUCCUUGUGUAUCAGCUGGUUUUGCCUGGAACAUAAUAUCACAAUUAGAUACAGAUAUUUGCACCAGAACAGUCAUAUCUGAUGCCAGGAUUUGUUCAAUUUUCAUUUGUGUUUUCAAUUCUGUUCUCAGAUUUCAAAGAAAAAAACCUAUAAAAUAGGAAGGGAACAUAUUUAAAUUAAUGUUAAAUCCAAUGUAUUGUUUUUAAUUAAAAUGUUUCAGAAACACUGCAUAUUUAACGGUUCAAUUAACUUGUUUAUUUGAACUUUUAGAGUAUUUAUGUAUAACAGCAGUGGAACAAACAAAUUAGAAAGAAAAUGUCUUAUCUUUGGUAUAGCAGAUGGAAUCCAUAUAUAUUUAUGUCUGUUCUGACUUGAAUAAUUAUUUAAUUGCAAUUUUUUGGGUGGCCAAACUACGGCCUAGUAUGACUUUUUAAAUGUACAUGUUUUUUUUUUCACAACCUCUCAUAGCCUGCAUUAUCACACAUUUCCAAAUGGUUUUCACUUAUAACCGCACAUUUGAAAAUCUCCUUAACAAAGUGGUAAUGUAAGAGAUGGGAAGGGGGAGUGGCUGUGGUGAUCAUCAGUAAAUGUAAAAACGUUCAGCAUUUUCCCUUGUUUCUCUGAACUAGUUGUAGUCCAUUAUAUUUAUCAGAUUUUUUUCGGUGCAUAGUGCUUUUUCCAUGUUAAUAUUUAAAAUGUAGUGUUUAGAGUUGACCUCUAGAUGGCGACAAGACACAAGUGAAUAUCUGCAAAGAAAUUCUGCACUUUUUUUUGAGGUGUCUGAACUGAAAUAUUAAAUAAAUAAUAAUAAUAAAAAA